AUGGAUUCGCUCGUGGCAGUCGAAUUUCGCAAGUGGUUUUUCAAGGAGCUUGGAGUCAGCCUUGCACUGUUUGACAUAUUGGGAUUGAAGUCCACUGGUGACCUUGUAUCCAAGGUAUGUGGACAACUGGUUGCCAGUGAUUUCUUGAAUGGAACUGUUGAGACCCAGGUUGUCUCAACGGAAAAGUCCCAAAUGGCGAUAGUUGCAAGUACUUCAGAUGUGAUCGCAGUGAAGAACCCACGCCCAGCUCAUAUACCCAUGUCGACCUUCCAACGCCGUCUAUGGUUCAUGCAUAACCUAGUCGCUAACCGAGCCUCGCUCAAUGUGUCAGUCACAUUGAUCAUCCAAGGCACACCUCAACUGCAAGUCCUGCAACAGGUUUGGCAAGAGCUUGGCCGUCGAAAUGAGAGUUUGCGCACUGCCUUCUUUGAAGGUGACGAUUUUGCAGAGCAAGAGAUAAUUGAGGACAGUCUGACCCCAAUUGAAUAG